AUGAAGUACACCAUCCUCACCCUCCUCACCAUCUUAGCCAGCACCCUCGCUGCACCCAUCGCUAUCCCCGAGGACUACGGGAGUUAUGGUGAUUACCCCGAGCCAGCGGGGGGUUACGGCGAGUACCCCGCUGUGACGCCUGCGGCUCCUGCUGGGGGUUAUGGUGAUUAUCCGACUCCGGCGGGAGGUUAUGGGGAGUAUCCUGCGCCGGCUGGGGGGUAUGAUGGUUAUUAG